AUGGCUCUCAAGUUACCUCGAACUAAUGAGAAUAGUCUGUUCUUGUUUCCCACUGACUUUACUGAAAUCUAUAAUAUUAUUCAUGACAUAAAAGAAAAAGCAGGUGGAGUUGAUAACUUAAACAUUAAAACUUUGAAAACUAUUUCUGAUUAUAUUGCUGAGCCAUUAGCAUAUGUGCUCAAUCUCUGCAUGGAGCAAUCUUUUUGGCCAAAUGCACUUAAGAACGCUGAUGUAUUCUGGCUUUUGAAGCAAACACUGAUGUCGAAGUGUGAAUAUUUUAUAAUUUAUAAUAACUUGGAUGUUAGCAAACCGACUAUUACAACCUUUAUCGACUUGACAAAGGCGUUUGAUACGGUGAAUCAUGGUAUACUAUUGGAAAAGUUGUAUAAUUAUGGCAUAAGAGAACAGGCAUAUCGUCUCAUACUUAGUUAUUUGACAGACAGACAACAAAGAGUUAAGAUAAACUCAGUCUAUAGUGAGUAUAACAUCAUAGACACUGAGGUGUCUCAGGGUAUUAUUUUAGGUCCACUUUUGUUCAUUAUGUAUGUUAAUAAUUUGCUGUUUGGAAUGCCUCAAGAUUCUAUAAUUUCGUACGCUAAUGACACCGUGAUCCUGGUAAAGGAUCUUUAA